AUGGAAUGUUCUAUAAAUGGAGUUUCAGGCAAAGAUGGUGGGACACAAACAGGGAAGAGAAGGUACACCGUCGAUGGUUGUGGAGAUCCGAUUGAGUGCUCCGGCAAGUGUUGCUUAUCAUGCAGCGCCGCCAUCGUAGCUGAUUGUGUGGCCGUCUGUUGCUGCCCCUGUGCGCUCUUCAAUCUCUUGGCUCUUGCGUUUGUCAAGUUCCCGUUGAUGGCUGGGAGGAGGUGUUUGGGGAUCGGGAAAAAAACGGGAAGCAAGAGAAAAUGCGAGAAAAGUGAUGUUGAAUUUGUAGUGGAAAGAGAUGGGAGUUUGAGAUUGGAAGAAACUGGAAAUGAGGAAGAUGAAAUGGGAAGAUUUAAUGAAGAAGUUUGGUUAGAGUUAUCUCAGGUUGACCAUUUGGGUUUCGGCAGGCUUUCUUUCACUUAA